AUGAGCAGCAGCCACCGCGCCGCAGGACAAGGCAGCAUGGCCGGUGUUGAGCCCGCGGCCUCGACGGGCCCUUCUUCGUCGUCAUCGUCCUCGUACAACUCCUCGUCGGCGUCCUCGACGGCCACGGCGGCAGCAUCGUCGAGGAUGGGACCACCGACGAGCACGGCGAGAAACCCGUACGCGGGCCAGUCGGGGUAUGCAAGCAUGGCCAGCGCUGGAUAUGCGCUGCAGCAGGAGCAGCAUCCUCCGAGCAAGUCGGCCACGGGCGGGCAGUCGCACGCCCACCGACCAGUCUCGGCCAUGCCUACGCCAUCGAGCCAUCGGACACACCAGGCCUAUGCAUCCUCGUCCGACAGCCGUGGCGGUCGUGGUGGCCAGGCGUCCUCUCAGCAGCCCUACCACCACAACCAGCACCAUGGCUCUGGUGCUGCUGCUUCCGACACCUCGUCGCUGGCCGCAUACAACCAGCAGUCGCAGGCCAGCUACAACGACCGGCGGGCGAGCGCGCACCCCACUGUGCCCACGACAACCACGACGGCAGGCGCACUGGCACCGCCGCCCGUGCCCGUCGACCCCUCGAUGGCCACGAGCGCCAUCAGUCAGGGCAUCCCCGUCACCUCGCCGGCCGCGCUGCAGUACUUUGCCGCCCAUCCGAGGCGCCAGCAGGUCCACUUUGGGAACUACCUCCUCCUCCAGACGCUCGGCGAGGGCGAAUUUGGCAAGGUCAAGCUCGGUGUCCACAAGGAGUAUGGCGAGGAGGUGGCCGUCAAGCUCAUCAAGCGUGAAAAGGUCGGCACCCCCGAUGGCCAGCUGCAGUACAACGGCCUGUCGAGCAAGGACCCGUCGAAGAUGAACAAGGUGGAAAAGGAGAUCCGUGUCCUCAGGGACGUGAGGCAUCCCAACAUCGUCAGGCUCUACGAGGUCAUUGAGUCGGACCGGUACAUUGGCAUCGUCCUCGAGUACGCCAGCGGUGGCGAGCUCUUUGACCACAUUCUCGCACACAAGUACCUCAAGGAGCGCGACGCGUGCCGCCUCUUUGCCCAGCUCAUCUCGGGCGUCAGCUACCUUCACCAGAAGAAGAUUGUCCACCGGGAUCUGAAGCUGGAGAACCUGCUGCUGGACCGGAACCGCAACGUGAUCAUCACCGACUUUGGCUUUGCCAACAACUACGAGAACAAGCGCGACGACCUCAUGGCCACGAGCUGUGGCAGCCCCUGCUAUGCCGCGCCCGAGCUCGUCGUCCAGGACGGCCUCUAUGCCGGGCCAGCCGUCGAUGUGUGGUCCUGCGGUGUCAUUCUCUACGCCAUGCUUGCCGGCUACCUGCCCUUUGACGACGACCCGGCGAACCCAGACGGGGACAACAUCAACCUGCUCUACAAGUACAUCAUGGCCACGCCCCUCUCGUUCCCCGACUACAUCACCGCUGAGCCGCGCGACCUGCUGUCGAAGAUGCUCGUGCCCGACCCGCUGCGGCGAGCCAACGACGACGACGUCAUGUCCCACAGCUGGCUGCUGCCCUACCGCGACCUUUUCAAGUUCUCGGUCGACGAUCUCGAAAAGGCGGCCAUGGAGCAGCAGAGCAAGAAGAGGCAGGCCUACCGCCAGCAGAUGGCGAUGCAGCAGCAGAUGCAGGAGCAGCAGCAGCAGCAGUCGAUGGUCCGGAGCCAGAGCACGAGGAAUGGUGCUGGUGUUGGUGGCGCAGGUGCCGGUGGUGGAGCUGGCUCGUCACCCUCGACGAAGGCGCAGAGGCACCAGAGCGCCGUCGUCUCGGGCAGCGCCACGUCGCCCAACAUUGCUGGUGCCAAUGCGCGGUCGAGGCCCGUCACUGGCAUGCCGGUGCCCGUCGUGCCCGCCGCAGCAUCCCCUGCCCCGCUUCUCCCUCCCACGCAGCAGCAGCAGCAGCAGCAGCAGCCGCAGCCGCAGCAACAGCAGCCACAACAACAAUUGGAUGCCGCACUGGUGCCUCUGCAGCCUUCCAGGGCGUCGAGCAACAGCGCAGCGAGUGCCUCGCGGAAGCGCGACUCGGCCGGCGCCGCGUCGUCGAAUGCGUCGAGCAGCAAGCGUGCACCCUCAUCGUCCAAGUCGCAGCGGCACACGAUCCAGCUCGAGUACGACUCGCCCGCAGACCGCCAGGCGGCCCACGAGGCAGAGGUGCAACGGCAGCAGGCCCAGGCGCCCCCGGUGCCGCGCGUCAGCCGCAGUGGCAGCACGACCAGGGACACGCGCUACUCGUCCUCUUCCUCGGCUGCAUCGUCGCAGCAGCAGCAGAAGCGCGCCUCGGCCACGACGGCGGCGCCUCUUUCCUCACGAGGAGACGAGAGCCUGACGCCCACAGACGAGGGCAUCGACCGGUAUAUACCCGCCAAGCCCGUCGUGGUGCCCGUCGCCGAGCGCAAGACAAGCGCUUCCAGUGGUGCCUUGCCUGGGUCGAGGAGCAGCAGCGGCGGCAGCACGGCUGCGUCGAACCGCAUCGUCAGCGAUGGCUCAGGCAUCCCCUCACCCGUCGUCGAGCAGCGGUCUCCCGUGCCCGGCGAGAUGCAGGAGAUUCUCCGCGAGACGGACGCGGCGCCCCUCGUCGCAGCUGCUUCUUCGCCCCUCCGCACGUCUCCCCGCCAGCCAUCGACAGGCCCCGGCAGCUCGCGGAUAUCCAACGCGCGUGGAUCCUCCAACCCUCUGCUGCCUUCGCAGACAGCGCAGCAGCAACAGCAGCACCAGCAGCCGUUCCCGCUGCCAAGCGACCGCAGCACCUCGGGAGGCGCUGGUCCCCACCCGGACCCCUCGUCGGCACGCAGCGGCCAGCGCAUCGCAGAUGCAAACGAGACGGCCAAGGCCAACCUGCCCCAGCGCACGCCCUCGGCACGGCACCGCAAGGGCCUCUCGACGGACAAGUUCUUCUUCUCGCGUCUCCUCGGCACGCCCUCGUCUUCUUCUUCCCAGGCUCAGGCUGGUGAGACUAGGGCGGCUUCUGAUGCAGCAGCAGCUGCUGCUGCUGCUGGCGACGAGAACGCCAACCCGGAGCGGCUUGGCACGCCCUCGACGCCGUCGAGCAACCGCAAGUCAAGCAGCGGCAGACGCAAGGCCAUGAGCCUCGUCGUGGGCCGCUAUGGCGACCAGGGCUCGCCCGCGUCUCGGGACCGGGAAAAGGCCAUGGCGAGCGGCAAGACGCCCAAGGAGGAGAAGCGCCUCACGGGCAGGCUCAGAAAGGACACGCUGACAAGCAGCAGCAACAACAACAGCAACGGCCGCCGCGAGAGCGAGACGCUGUUGCCCGAGACGCCGAGGCGCGGCAGCGCCCAGACGCCCGCCAUGUCGCCCUCGCCCUCGGUCCUCACCACCAACGGCUCCGUGCGCACAAAGGCCUCCAACGUCACUGCCACGUCCCGCCACCAGCAGCAGCGGCCGGGCACUGCGGCGCGGCGCGACAGCAACCACCCGAUGGGCGACGGGUCGAUCAACGAGAGUGCCUCGACGGUGGGUGCCUCGAGCGGCGCAGCGAAAAAGGUCAUGGACUGGUUCCGCAAGAAGAGUCUCUCGAGGGGCCAGUUCACCGACGAGCAGCCGCCGUUGGGGCCGUUCGAGGUCCCGCGCGCCAAGCCCUCCUCGUCCAACAUCUCGCGCCACCAGGCCAGCAGCAGCGGCGAGGGGCGCACGCCCUCUGUCGUGGUCACCAACGACGCCGAGCAGCAGCAGUCGUCUCGCACGCCCGUGUACGAUGGCCGGUCUCGGACAGCAGCAGCAGCAGCAGCAGCAGGGACCGGCGCCUCCAAUGGGACUACCUCAGCCUUGGCUGCUGAUGCCGGCUCACCCAACAUGGAGUCGGAGCCCUCGUCGAGGUCUACUUCAGGCACGCACAGCCAGGCGUCGCAUGCGACGGCGUCGACGAGCAUCACGACGGCCACCGAGGCCUCGCGCGAGCCUGCCGCGUCGCUCCAGUCGCCCGGCAGCAAGUCGAGCGCGUCGACGGUGCAGCACCAGCCCACGCCGCGCGCCUCGGGCACGCUUGGCCAGGGCACGCUUGGCCAGGCCACCCAAGCCAACGGCCAGGCCGCUGCUGCUCCUGCUCAUAAAGCUGUUGCUGCCGCAGCCUUCUCCGAUGCCAGCCUGCGCUUCCACCUCGGUGCCGUCGACCAGUCGGCCCUGACGUCUCGACCGCCGCCGCAGGUGUUUGAGCAGGUCCGCCAGGCCCUCUACUCGAUGGGCAUCGAGAUGCGGCAGGAGAAGGAGGAGGACUUCAAGCUCGAGUGUGUGCGCCGCAAGCGGGCAAAGACGCUGAUGGGCCACACCCAGGGCCUCGGCCUCAGCAUCCGCACCAGCGUCUUCCCGCCCACCCAGGCCGACUACGAGCGCUCGGCGGCGGCCAAGAGCCCCACGCUGAGCGCCUCGACGACGGCUAAUGGGACUGCUGCUGCUGCUGCUGCUGCCGGCCCCGCGGGCGCCGCUCAGGGCAUGUCGCCCAGUCCCUCGACGGGCCCCGGCGGCAGCAUCCGCUCCUUCCUCCGGCGCGGCUCCUCGCAGCAGAACACGGCUUCGUCGCCGCAGGCGGCGACGACAGACGAGCUGCCCCAGCCCCUCUAUGGCGAGAAUUCUGUUGACGGCGGCCAGGAGGUCCGGUUCAGCGUCGAGGUGACCAAGAUCAAGAACCUGCCGGGCCUCUACAGCCUCGACAUUCGACGCAUGAAGGGCAACCUCUGGGCCUACAAGUUCCUCUACCACGCCCUCCUCGAACGCAGCCUGGGCAAUGCCUCCUCCUAG